AUGGAAAGAAUUCGAGUUCGAUUAUAUGGGCCACUCUUGUUACAAUUUAAUGACUGUUUAAAUGCUUCCCAAAAAUUAACAUCAGUACUAUUUGCAAUUAUAAUUGGUGUGAUUAAAGAAGAGACAAAACCAUCGUAUGUAUCUAUAUCUCCUAUAUUCGAAACUACUAUUGAAAAUGUAUCAAGAACUGGCCCCGAAAGAUACUGCAGUUCCAAUAUAAAAAUUCCAAAAAUUCUUAUAAUUACAGGAAUAUUAGGCAUUCGAGAAUGGUGA